GAAGACAUGCAUUCCGAUCAAUUCUUAAAAAUUAAUAAUUAUGAGGACACAGUAAAAACUUUAGAUUCUUAUUAUGGAAUUGUUAAAAGACAAAUAUUAAGAUAUCAAAGCCCAACAUCGGGACUAUUUCCUAUACUAUCUGGAGAAAAAAUUGAAGGUAGUGUUAGGGACUCCAUUUAUUCUGCUGCAGCAGUUUGGAGUUUGUAUCAGGCUUACAGAAGAAUAGAUGAUGACUUAGGAAAAUCUUAUGAAUUAGGCCAAUGUGCAGUCAAAUGCAUGCGAGGGAUUCUGGAAUGCUGGAUUAAACAAGCAAAUAGAGUUGAACAAUUCAAAAGUAAUCAAUGUGAGACCUAUGCUUUACAUUGUAAAUUUCAUCUGCAAACUGGAGAACCUAUUUAUAAUGAUGAUGAAUACCAUCAUCUUCAAAUUGAUGUGGUUUCUCUAUAUUUAAUAUUUUUGGUUCAGAUGAUUUCUUCGGGUUUGCAGAUAGUAUACACACAGGAUGAGGUUGCAUUUGUUCAAAACUUAGUUUAUUAUGUAGAAAGAGCUUACAGAACUCCAGAUUAUGGGAUGUGGGAACGAGGAACCAAAUAUAACGAUGGAAAACCGGAAAUACAUGCAUCAUCCAUAGGUAUGGCCAAGGCCGCUUUAGAAGCAAUAAACGGUUGCAAUUUAUUUGGCGAAAAAGGUGCUGCCUGGAGCGUUAUUUAUGUGGACAUAGAUGCGCACAAUCGAAAUCGAAGUAUUUUUGAGACAAUUCUACCGAGAGAAUCCAGUUCAAAAACGAUCGAUUCUUCUUUGAUACCAACUUUAAGCUUUCCUGCUUUUGCAUCACACGAGGAAGAACUAGUGGACAAAACUAGGUCUAAUAUACUUUUACGAUUAAAAGGCAAAUAUGGGUUUAAAAGAUUUAGCCGUGAUGGUUAUAAAUGCAUUUUAGAAGAUCCUGAUAGAAGGUAUUACAAUCCCGGAGAAGUUAAAGAAUUUGAUGGUCUCGAAUGUCAAUGGCCAAUAUUCUUUUGCUAUAUGUUGGUGGAUGCUGUUUUCCGAAAUAAUCAAUGUGAAAUUGUAGAAUAUCAGAAUUUAGUAAAGAGUUGUGUGUAUCGAGAUGAUAAUAAUGAUCCAAUUCUCCCUCGUUUCUUUCAACCAAUAAAGUCCAAAAAUCCUGAAUCUGAACAUUGGCAAGUAAGCGAUUCAAAAAAUAUUUUAUUCCUUUGGGGUCAAUCAAUGUAUAUUAUAUCACAAUUGUUAAUCACUGGCUUGCUCCAUAUAAACGAAUUAGACCCCAUUCGAAGAUAUCUGCCAAGUUAUAAUAGACCUAGAAAGAGUGGGCGAUAUAGCGCCUUUCAGGGAACCGCAACCGAUUUAGUGGUACAAAUAGUUUUAAUAGCCGAAUCUAUGAGAUUGCAAGCAAUGAUGGCUACGUAUGGCAUUCAGACUCAAACUCCUCACGAAGUAGAACCUGUUCAAAUUUGGUCAUCAACUCAACUUGUAAAUGUUUAUCAACAAUUGGGUGUUAAUGAUAAAUUAAAAUUAACUGGAAGGCCAAACAGACCUAUUGGUUCUCUAGGAACAAGCAAAAUUUAUAGGGUAUGCGGAAUGUCCGUCUUGUGCUAUCCAUUAAUUUUUGAAGUUUCUGAGUUUUAUUUGUACAGAGAUAUGGCUUUACUUAUCGAUGAUAUAAAAACUGAAUUAAAAUUUGUUGGGCGUUACUGGAGAUUAUCUGGAAGGCCUACGGUGUGUUUAUUGAUUCGAGAAGAACAUAUGCGUGAUCCGCAGUUUAAAGAAAUGUUAGAUUUAUUUGCUAUGCUGAAAAAAGGUUUUUGCGACGGUGUGAAAGUAAGGAUUGGAAGAUUGCAAAACUUAAUAUCUACAUCUUGCACAGAACAUUUAGACUUUUUGAGCGACACCGAUCUUCCUGAAGAUUGCGUAUCUUUUAGCCAGGUUGAUCACGAUUACAUAGGCUAUCAGAGUUUAACAGAUGUUCCAAGAGCAGAAUCUUAUGCAGAAGAUCCUCUUUCAUAUAUGGAUUACACAAAUGUGUCUAACCAGGAUGUAAUUGAAAAAUUGUGUAACACAACUAGUAUAAUGGCAAAGUGUCAACUUUUAGCAAUACUUUUGAAACGAGAAGGUACUGAAUUUGAAGUUAGAGGUUCAAGUGUUCAGAGUUUGCUGACUACUUUAUAUCAUCAGGCUGGUAGUCUUCGAUAUUGGAGGGCAGUUCGAUAUUGUAGCAGUUUAUUGAAAUAUACUGUAGAUUCAAUUAGUCCUUUUAUAACAGCUGUUUUAGUUAAGGGCAAACAGAUUACAGUCGGUGUAAUUGGCCAUAAAGAAACAGUGUUUGAUAAACCAAUGACGCCCAGUGAAAUUGCCAGUGUUAUAUACAAUACAAUCCAACCUUACGAUAUGACCCAGGCGGUGUUACAACAAGAAGUCGUACUAUAUUGUGGGCGAUUAAUUGCUACUAAUCCUCAAGUUUUUAAAGGAAUUUUGAAAAUACGAGUCGGCUGGGUCCUAGAAGCAAUGAAGAUUUAUUUGGAAAUCUCCGACAUUCAAAAAUCAGAAGCAGAAAGAGAUAAAAAAAGUGAAUUGAAGAACAACCCUUUAGAUAAUUAUUCGCCAUAUCAUGUACGACAAUUACUGCAUAAAGUUUUAACAAUUCGAGAUUGGGCCGAUAAAGAAAAAUUGACCACAUUGCAGCAAAGACAGUUGGAAGGUUGCUUAUGUAGAGUGCCACAACAUUUUUAUAGCAAUGUGUGGGAUGUUUUAUCAAGAACCAGUCUUGGUUUAACUGUUAAGGGCUAUGAGAUACCUCAACAGCCGACACUUUCUAAUCAGAGCAGAUCUGAAUUAAAUUUUGCUCUCUUGGUUGAACAAAUGCUUAAUAGCAUACAACGUCCAGAGUACAGGCAAGUUAUUGUAGAGUUGCUGUGCAUUGUUUCAACUAUAUUAUGCAGGAAUCCUGAACUAUGCUUCCAUAAAAUGCUUGAUCUUGAUCAACUUGUGAUGGAGGCCUCACAAAUGUAUUUUAAGGAUAAUGGUGAAGACGGACCAAAUAAUGCAGAUGAUUUUUUUGCAACAUCUUAUGAAGUUACUACUGGUUAUUUAGCUAGGGCAGUGGUCAAUUCAAUUUUACAAGCUGGCGCUUUUAAAAAUCCUGACACAAUUACUAUUACACAAGCUGAUGGAUGCAAGAAAUCAGUUCUAUUUUGGUAAUAAAACUUACUGAUCUAUAGAACAUCUGAUUUACAUUUCAUCAAAUUUUUAUGAUGGUAUAAAAAUUUUGCAGUUUGUUUAGCAGAUAAUGCAGGGAA